ACAGCUCGUGAUUGGGAAGUUCUGUCCACCAUAGUUCGCAGUCCGCAAGGGCUGUAGAUUGCGCAGCAUUAAGAAGAUGGGACCACGCCCUCGUCGCAUUCUCUACUCCCCGUUGGGCGAUUGAAUCACCCUCCCUUCUUCCAGGUCCAUACUAUGGCUUCACCAUUGCCGACCGCUUCUUCACGCGCCUCGUCCAAAUUGCGCAAAUCUUGUGAUUUGUGUGCGGCGACCAAAGUCGGAUGCACCAAAGAGAAGCCGAGCUGUGCUCGCUGUGCCAAACGAGAUCUCCCCUGCGUGUAUAGCACUGCAAAGCGUGCAGGUCGUACAUCGGGGAAGACUCAACCCAGAGCACGAAGGGACUCGGCUUUGACGAUGACAGCGACAAUGACCGCCACAGCGUCACCAAGUCCCACAUUCACGUCAGCACAGGCCAGCGAUACCACCAGUCCGUCCACACCGGGAGGUAGUGGGCUCUCCCCGGCGCUCGAUCUCCAGAGACAAUGCUCACCAUACCCGGACAUCUUUGGGGCCUUGAGAUCGCUCGACGAGAACUGCCUAUCAUCCCUGCCCGCGAGUUCUUUCCCAGAUUUAGACGAGCUCUUCGCAUCGGCCGUAGGACUUCCUCUAGAACAGCAAGAUGAUGCAGCCACCUUCUUUGACUUCAGCCUCGACGACACCCGCACGGGUUCAUUCCCUGCACCUGAGCUCAUCACGCUCCCUACAUCUCCCACAUCUGCAGUACGACCUCACAUCAAUCCAGCAUUGUCGAUCAGCAGUCCCACCUCGGCCGGCUGCCAAUGCUUGGCUCGUGCUCUUGCGCUGCUAGCCGAUCUGUCCCCGGGCAAUCCGGGGUGCGGCAACGGUCCGGGUGCCACCACGCCCGCGCUGCCCGAUUUCGAACGGGUUCUCGCCCAAAACGAGCAGACCAGUGAGACCGUCCGGAAGAUUCUGCAAUGCAACUGUACCAACGACAGCUACCUGCUCAUCACCCUGUCUCUCGUAGUCUUUCGGGUCAUUGCAUGGUACACCGCGGCCACGGGCGCUGCAUCAGGCGAAGACCCACUCGAGCCCGUCCUGCAGGGCCCCCCCUCCACCGACGGCGCGUGCGAGGAUGAACAGCGUAUUGCCGUGCAGCGCAUCCUCUCCAAACUCGCAGGCGUCCAGGCAUCCGUCGAUCGACUGUCACAGCGGCUGCGUCGUAUCUCCGAAACGGCUGGGGAGGAGCCGCAGGACACCUGUGACCCCUCGCUGCACAUGACCAGCCCCCUUGCAGGAGGACUCCAUGCGUUCUUGAAACCAUUCUCACCCGGCUUGGUGAACACUCUGGAAACGGAUCUGCGGAAGCGUCUGUGUGACCUGUCAAGGGCUAUUGUGGACCGCUUGCGGAGGUAAUGAUCCCGCUGCACCAUACACAGAGAGAGGGGGCUACUAGGGCUUGGAGGGGGCCGGAGAGCGAGGGGGUCAAAUCAGACCCCGGUAAUGAUUUCUCUUGUGCAUGCACAGUGUUACAUGAUGUUUGUAAUCCACUUGCAGAUGCAGAAUAGAUGGAGU